AACUUUCUAGAAGCGUCAUAUUCGGAAUUCUCUGCUCCUUGGUCUCUCUCUUCCAUCUGUUUUUUGUUCUGGAAUUCAGUCUAAGGGAGUUGGGUCGAGCCUUUUGCAGGGAAGCGUUGUCUUCAUUCACUGAGUCAGUUUUUGCUUCGGAGGAAAUGGGUUUCUGGACUUUGCUCGAAGCCUUUCUGCUCUUUGCAAACGCGAUGGCAAUACUGAACGAGGAUCGGUUCCUUGCUCGAAGAGGAUGGACCUUGGCUGGGAUUGCAGGAGGUGGGAGAAAUUCGAUUAAAGGGCAGAUCAUAGGGCUAAUACAUGCAUGCCAGUUCUUGAGACUACCCCUCAUGAUUUUGAAUAUCAUCACUAUUGUUGUGAAGCUCUUUAGUGGGUAAGGUUGAUGUAUAGGUUUCGUUACGGAUCUCAUAUCUAUCUAUACUCGUUGUAAAUUAAGUGGUGUCUGUUCAAUUUGUUGAUCAGAGGCUGCAACACAGAGUGAGUGAAGUCAUUGCCAACUAUAUUAGGUGAAAGCUCAUGACUUGUACUGAAUAGAGAAAUUUGUUUCAAAUA